AUGGCCAGCGAGCCGGAUUCCAACGCCCAUACUAACUCACAGAACGCGUCGAUGGCGCCACACCCGAACCCUCCCAGCAUCGAAGCAGCCUACAAGCGAAAAUGUAUCGCGCUGAAGAAAAGGUUGAACGAAGUCGAAGCUCAUAAUGACGCGAUGCGUUUGCGGAACGCGCAGGGAAUCAGAUAUAUACAGAAGAUGCGCCUGGAGUCGUGCAUGAUGCUGGAACGGCUCUCUGUUCUCAUGGGCAUGGCCGAUGGGAGCGGCAGACAGGUUGAAUCAGAGGUUACGGGGCGUGCAAUGGCACUGGUGAAGGAGUCUGGCCAUCUGCUUGACGAAGAGCGCUCGAGAAGCGGACAGAAACGAACUGGAGAGGACCUGGAUGCGUUGGGCGAGGAGAGUGAUGGUAGCUCUGGUCACCAUCCGCCUACACCACAGGAACGUCCGCUACGACCGAAACGAAAUCGCAAGAGUGACGAGAGGCCCUCCGGUGAUAACAUCAAUACCAACGACGCCGGCCAUAGUAAUAACAACACGGACUCAGUUAGCUCAGCCUUUCCUAUUUCAUAUUAUCCAUUGUUCAUAUCUCCAACAUCCUCACGACAUCAACCCCCUAUCCUUCCGCCUCCACAGCCUAUGGCAACCUCGUGUUGUCGUGGUCCUCUUCUUCCCCAUACUCCCAGGCAUACUCCUAUACCUUAUCCUCAUCUUUCUCCUCACUCAGUUCCAGGGUAUUCCCUCUAUAAUCCUCCAUAUAUACCAGGACGCCCUGGUGCUACUGAAUAUUACCAUAAUCGCCCUGGACACCUACCAGUCACUAUGAACACCUAUAUCCCGACUAAAUCUCCUCCCAGAUCAGCCUCAUUUCAUCAAAACAAUAAUCCAGCUCCAACUACCCAACAACAUACACCAUUUUAUCGGCCAACUGACUCACAAAUCAUGCAGGUUGAUCACCACCAUACCAGUAGUGCGAAUCCAUCCGCCAGCGAACUCAGCAGUUUCCCCCCGGCUAACUCGGGACGAGAGCCCCCUCAUCGAUACGUAUCUGCUUUUGACGCCUUCACUAAUCACAAGAGAGCCAGUGUAGCCGAAGCACUAGUCCGGUCCUAUGGCCAGAGAGUUACGGACGAGGAUAUUGACCGUGCCUUGGUCAAGGAGUGGGAUGCUCUAGACCCAACUAAGAAGCGGGAAUUCGGAGAAAGACUUGAGAAGGAAAACGGCGUCUAA